CACACCACUUCCGGCGGAGUAGCGUUUGGACCGUUUGGUGUUGAGCGCUCCUAACGGAGGACGGGGCGCGUAGCGCGGGCAGGGGGCGGGAACGCGCUCCCGGAAGCCGGCCGCGAGCCUCCACCCGCCACCGAGGCUACUCCCGGGAGCCAGCCAGUGUUACGUUCGCGUGGGUCCUGACCGUGGGUGACGCCGGCGGGAGGCUGUCCACAGCGCCACGCGCAGGCGCUACAUGAUGUGGAAAGUAAAACCACUUGUCUCAUGCUUGGGAUGGGAGCAGAGAGGCAGGUGGCUCUGAAGUGUCUGGUGUGGUAUUGCUAGCCAACUAGCUGUGUCACCGGGUAAUGAUGCCGUCUCGUACCAACUUGGCAACUGGAAUCCCCAGUAGUAAAGUAAAAUAUUCAAGGCUUUCCAGCACAGAUGAUGGCUACAUUGACCUUCAGUUUAAGAAAAGUCCUCCUAAAAUCCCUUAUAAGGCCAUUGCACUUGCCACCGUGCUGUUUUUGAUUGGAACCUUCCUCAUAAUCAUAGGCUCUCUCCUGCUAUCCGGCUACAUCAGCAAAGGGCAGGGGGCAGACCGAGCUGUUCCUGUCCUCAUCAUUGGCAUUUUGGUGUUCCUGCCAGGAUUUUACCAUUUGCGCAUCGCCUACUACGCAUCCAAAGGCUACCGGGGUUACUCCUAUGAUGACAUUCCAGACUUUGAUGACUAGCGUUCACCUCAGCCUAGAACAGUACAGUGCAUCCACGUUAAGACAGCAAGCGGAAACUAUGGCUAAAGGCUGAGGAAGUCUACACUUUGCAGAUGUUUAGCAGAACAGUGGCCAGAUUGUAUGGUCCUUUUCCAGAAUGCUCAUGCUGUAUAAUUAGCUAAUUAGGACAUGUUAUGUCUUCAUCUCCUGGCCCUGGCAAAGCUUGACAAGUUUUUCCACAUGAGUAUGCAUCAUGUAAGAAUGGUGAAGCUAAUUGUCUGGGAAGGCAGAUUAUUCUAUAGUGGAAAGCGUUACCCUCUUUAGAGGUGAACCUUUCUUUUGCCUUCAUUGUCUGCUUGUCUUUGUAACAUAAUGGAAAAUGUAUUAUGUCUACUUUCUUAUUACUAAGUAAUUUAUUUUAAAAC